UAUGAUUGACAAAACAUUGGAUGAAGGAUCAACAUUUGAACGAGUUGGUUCUAGGCAGUUAGCAGACUUGCUUAUUGCUGCAUGGUUGGUAUUUUCUAUCAAAAACUCUUUUGUGAAUUGUUAUUGUUAUUAUUUUUUCAAUGUCUCAGAUGUAGAGACUUAAUUUUGCGUCACCAUUUUUUAAGUGCCGUGUCUGAUUAACUCCUUAAUAACUUCAAGUCUUUAACCUAUUACUAACUGUAUCUCAAAUGACCUCAGUUGUUUCUUACUUUCUUAAAAUCAAGUGGGUAAUUUUUAGUUUGUUUGUCUUGAACUAGAUUUUCUCAGGAAUAAGGAUAGAAACCUUAUAUUUAAGAUUUUUUUGUUCUUCUCUUCCAUGCUUUUGCAUUCGGCCUACUUAAUCUUUUUAUGGUCUCUUUGUCAGUUAAGAUUUUUCAUUAAUGAUUGUUGAAUGUCAUCCUUUAGGGUGAGAACUGAUAUUAGAGCUUAUGUUGGAGAUGUUGAUGCAGUAGUAGUUCUGUGUGGCUUUGGGCGUGCCAUUGGUAAUAAGGGAGCUGUUGGUUUGAGGAUGAGAGUGUAUGAUCGAAUAAUGUGCUUUGUUAACUGUCACUUCGCUGCACAUCUAGAAGCGGUUAAUCGUCGCAAUGCAGACUUUGAUCAUAUCUGGAUUGCCAUUGGUCCUUUCUGUUGCAACUAGUGCUUCAUGUGCUGCUCAGGUGCUUCGAAAUACAA